AUGGCAGAUAACGUGGCAACCCUUCACAACAUUCGACUUCAAAUUGGAACCGUUCAACAAGUAUUAGAAGUGAUUACUCUUCGCACCGAAACUGCCCCAAUCCCGAUGUAUGCCCCUAUAUCAUCAGUUCCAGAAAUCGAACCUGCUGCACUUAUCCCCGUGACAGUACAGCCAACCGAGUUAAACAAUUUAUUGGUCCAAUUGAGUGAUGAGUAUUUUGUUCAACUGACGGCAAAAGAGACUGAAGAGUUGUUAAAUAAGAAAAUAAAAACGUUACAACUGGAAGAAGAGAAGCUUGUAGCAAAGAUGAAAGAAGACGCAAAAACAGCACUCGAGACAGUAAGUGGCGAUGUCCGCAAUAUCAGUGAAUUUAUAACUGAGGACGAGUAUCAAAAAAUGAAACAAAAUCGCCCCGUUGAGAAGACACCCAACAUUGACUGGGCGAAGGAGAAAGCGAGAUGGGACCAAGCAGUCUCUGUCGAGAAAGACUUAGAGUCGCAAGGAAAAUUACAGUUCAUCAACAAAAUCCCCGAGGACAUGACUAUCAACGAAAUUCGACCAGAAGAGCUUGAAACCCCUGCUGUCAAAAACACGAUUGUCGAACAUAAAAAGUCAAAACAGAGCCCAACACAACACGUUCAGAAAGUCGUUUCGCAACCAACAGAAAUAGAUAAUGUGGAUGGGAUUGUCGUGAGAAAAAAAGGUACCAAAGAUCACGACCAGACCAACCAAAAGCCAAAGAAAGUUUCAUUGUUCAAACAACGACAAAAUAAAUGA